AGCCAGUGCCUGAGCCCGGCAUUGCAGUGCAGAGGCUCCGGCUCCUUUGGCAGCGGAGCUGGCCCUGCCGGGCCACGGGGGGGGAGGGGGAGCCCCAAAGCCCCCGCUGAGGCCGCCGUGGCCGGGCCUCCCCUCCCCCCCACCCCUCCCGAGUCUGGCACCAUGCGGGGGGGCCAAGGCGACGCGGAGCGGCGACAGCGCUGGGGUCGCCUUUUCGAGGAGCUGGACCGUAACAAGGAUGGCCGUGUGGACGUGCACGAGUUGCGCCAGGGACUGGCCAGGUUGAGUGGGGGCGACCCAGAUCGCGGCGCCCAACAGGACCUCUCCUCUGAGGAGGGAGUGGCUAAUGCAAGUGAGGGCCUCAACCUGGAGGAAUUCUCGCGCUACCUGCAGGAGCGGGAACAGCGUUUGCUGCUAAUGUUCCACAGCCUUGACCGAAACCAGGACGGUCAUAUCGAUGUCUCUGAGAUCCAGCAGAGUUUCCGAGCUCUGGGUAUUUCCAUCUCGCUGGAGCAGGUGGAGAAGAUUCUGCACAGCAUGGACCGUGAUGGCACGAUGACAAUCGAUUGGCAGGAAUGGCGCGACCACUUCCUGCUGCACUCGCUGGAGAACGUGGAGGAUGUGCUGUAUUUCUGGAAGCAUUCCACGGUCCUGGACAUUGGUGAGUGCCUGACAGUGCCAGACGAGUUCUCGAAGCAGGAGAAGCUGACAGGCAUGUGGUGGAAGCAGCUGGUGGCCGGUGCAGUGGCAGGGGCCGUGUCCCGCACAGGCACUGCGCCUCUGGACCGCCUCAAGGUCUUCAUGCAGGUCCAUGCCUCAAAGACCAACCGGCUCAACAUCUUGGGGGGCCUGCGGAGCAUGGUCCAGGAGGGGGGCAUUCUCUCCCUGUGGCGGGGCAAUGGCAUCAAUGUGCUCAAGAUCGCCCCCGAGUCGGCCAUCAAGUUCAUGGCCUAUGAGCAGAUCAAGCGGGCCAUCCGGGGACAGCAGGACACGCUGCACGUGCAGGAACGCUUUGUGGCUGGCUCCUUGGCCGGUGCCACAGCCCAAACCAUCAUUUACCCCAUGGAGGUGCUGAAGACGCGGCUGACCCUGCGGCGGACCGGCCAGUACAGUGGGCUGCUGGACUGUGCAUGGCGGAUCCUGGAACAAGAGGGGCCUCGUGCCUUCUACCGCGGCUACUUGCCCAACGUGCUAGGCAUCAUUCCCUACGCAGGCAUCGACCUGGCUGUCUACGAGACCCUCAAGAACCGCUGGCUCCAGCAAUGCAGCCACGAGUCGGCCAACCCGGGGAUCCUCGUGCUCCUGGCCUGUGGCACCAUCUCCAGCACCUGCGGCCAGAUCGCCAGCUAUCCCCUGGCUCUGGUCCGGACCCGGAUGCAAGCUCAAGCCUCCAUCGAGGGCGCCCCUCAGCUCUCCAUGACGGGUCUGCUGCGACACAUCCUGUCCCACGAGGGAGUGUGGGGCCUCUACAGGGGCAUCGCCCCCAACUUCAUGAAGGUCAUUCCGGCUGUGAGCCUCUCCUAUGUGGUCUAUGAGAACAUGAAGCAAGCCCUGGGGGUCACGUCCAGAUCCUGCAUUCCCACAUCCCAAAGGUGGAUCCCGUACUUCCCUGUCCCACCCCUGGAUCCUGGAUGCCCACGUCUUAAUCACUGGAUCCCCACCCACUGGAGCACACAUCCUCUGUACCUCAUCACCCAGACCCCAGAUUCCGCAGGCACCAGAUCCAGACCCUUGCACAGCAUUGGGUCCUCCAUCCCAACCCCACUGGCCAGUCAAGACUGCCACACCUCAAGCCCAGCAUCUCCAAGCUCGGUCACUAGAUUCUGGGUGUGGAGAAACCUCAGCCACAGGAUCCUGACAAUGGAACGCCUUGAUCCUGGGGCCCCACCUCCAAAUCCCAGAUCCCUUCACCAGGCCACUGGAUCCUUGAAUUCCUUUAGCACAGCCCUGGUCCCUAGGUCCUUCUGCUUUGACUGCCGGAUCCCUACAUUUCAAGCCCCACACCCUCACCCCCAACUGACCACUGGCUCCCAAAUUCCCAGUCCCCAACCCACUGGAUUCUGGCUCCCAAAACCACAGGUGUGGGAGCCCAACAGCACAGCUGGGGGAAUCCAGGCAGUUGAAGCUGCUGGUUUCCAGAUUCUAGAUUUAGUUACUGAGACCUUAUCCACGGGAGGCACUUGCUAACCCUCCUGGGCACUGAACCCCAGGCCCUCAGCCCCUGCAUCCUGGACCCCAUUCUAGACCCAUGCCUGCUCCCCUGGUAAGGUCACAUGAUCAAGGCAGCCCUGGGGAGGCCCAAGCCCCAUCCCCUGGCUCGGUAACCCCCGGUAACCCCAGGCAAUCAAGGCCAUGCAGCCAGGGUGGGAUGCGGCUCCCAGGACCGCAGGGAUGUCGGACUCCCCUCCCACACCCCCUCUAUGCACCCACCCUGCAGGGAAACUGCUCCCUCCACCCACCUCCUCUUUAGCUCCGCAUCUGCCCUGCCCACCUUGCACCCUAAUGACCCCCAGAGCCCAAGACCCUCCGAGGGGCCGGUCUCUCCUUUUAGGGGCUGGCAAACAGGCAGCCUGAAAUGGUGGUGCAUUCCGGGCUCCUCCCCACCCCGACACUGCCAGCCCCUCCUGGGCUUCGAAAAUGAAUGAGAAGAGCCAGGGACUUAGCUCAGUGGUUCUGCUGCCUGCCUCGCAAGCACAAGCUCCCGAGUUUGAUCCCCGGUACCAAAAAAAUUUAAAAAAAGAAACAAAAAUGAAUAAGCCAGGAGCAGAUCCGCACAUCUAAGCCCAAGCAUCUGAGGAUGCAGAAGCAAAUGAACAAAAAAGUCGAACCCUCAAACUUACCCCAGGUCUAUUUUUCUACCAGAGAGAGGAGCAAAGCCCCCGGCCCUCCGCCCCAUGCCUUCUGCACUUUAGAGUCACGCUCUGAGCUAGGAGAGCUGGGCCCGCUCUCCAGGCCCUCAGGGGACCCCAUGAAGGGGCCUGAAAUAAGGACUGGGGUGUUAGGGGCAGGAGGACCCCCACAGCUUCCUCCUCCCUCUGCCUCCACUUCACUCCCUGCCCCACCUGUGUGUUUCAAAGGAAAAAAGGAAUAAAUUUUCUAAGCUCUUUCA